GAAGUAUACUCAGUUCAAGCAAAGGAUCAGUUUCAGGAUUCAGGCUGUUAUCUUGAUGAUUAGAAUUCUGGCUCCAAGGAGAAGCCCCCAGGCCGAGAGUAUUGGAUAUAACAGAAAGUGGGAGCCAUACCGGCCUCUAGAGAAUGUGGACUGGAUAUAAGAUCUUAAUCUUCUCUUAUCUGACCACAGAAAUUUGGAUGGAGAAACAGUAUUUAUCUCAAAGACAAGUGGACCCAAGAGCUGAUUUCACUAGGAAUCAAACCGUUUUGGAAGGUACUCGAUUCAAAAGAGCCAUUUCCAAAGGACAAUACUGUAGAAGUUUUGGUUGUUGUGAAGACAGAGAUGAUGGCUGUGCCGCUCACUUCUUUGAGGCCGAUGCAUUGUGUUACUGUGACAAAUUCUGUGAAAGGGAAAAUUCUGAUUGCUGUCCUGAUUACAAGUCAUUUUGCCGUGAAGAGAAAGAAUGGCCUCCUCAUACAAAGUCUUGGUAUCCAGAAGGUUGCUUCAGAGAUGGUCGACAUUAUGAACAAGGAUCAGUAAUUAAAGAAAACUGCAACUCUUGCACAUGCUCAGGACAGCAAUGGAAGUGUUCCCAGCAUGUAUGCCUUGUUCAACCAGAAUUAAUUGAACUUGUCAAUAAAGGAGACUAUGGAUGGACAGCCCAGAACUACAGCCAAUUCUGGGCAAUGACUUUAGAAGAAGGUUUCAGAUAUCGUCUUGGCACCUUGCCACCUAGCCCCAUGCUUCUGAGGAUGAAUGAAGUGACAGCUUCUUUACCUGCAACAACUGAUCUUCCAGAGUUUUUUAUUUCUUCUUAUAAGUGGCCUGGAUGGACUCAUAGCCCAUUGGAUCAAAGAAAUUGUGCUGCAUCUUGGGCAUUUUCCACUGCAAGUGUGGCAGCCGACCGAAUAGCAAUUCAGUCCAACGGGCGAUACACAGCCAAUCUAUCCCCUCAGAAUUUGAUCUCUUGCUGUGCCAAGGACUGUCAUGGAUGCAACAGUGGAAGCAUUGAUAGGGCUUGGUGGUACCUGAGAAAACGUGGACUGGUAUCCCAUGCAUGUUAUCCACUUUUCAAGGACCAAAAUGCUACUAAGGAUGACUGUGCCAUGGCAAGUAGGUCUGAUGCGCGGGGAAAACGUCAUGCCACAAAGCCGUGUCCCAACAGCUUCGAGAAAUCUAAUAGGAUCUACCAAUGUUCUCCUCCAUAUAGAGUCUCUUCCAACGAAACUGAGAUAAUGAGAGAAAUCAUGCAAAACGGACCAGUUCAAGCCAUAAUGCAAGUCCAUGAGGAUUUCUUCCAUUAUAAGACGGGCAUAUAUAGACAUGUUACCAGCACAAACGAAGAAUCAGAAAAAUAUCGAAAGCUUCGGACACAUGCCAUCAAACUCACUGGAUGGGGCAUAUUGAGAGGAGCCCAGGGGCGGAAAGAAAAAUUUUGGGUCGCUGCCAAUUCCUGGGGAAAGUCCUGGGGAGAGAAUGGCUAUUUCAGGAUUCUUCGAGGAGUAAACGAGUCUGACAUUGAAAAGUUGAUUAUCGCAGCUUGGGGCCAACUGACAAGUUCAGAUGAACCAUAACAUAUUAUCAAAUUUCCAUAAGGCCAUGCAUUUAAGUAACCCCUUAAAUUGAAAUUAAGCAGUGUGAGGUUCUCUGUGAUCUGUCUCUUCACCUUGUUAUUAUAAUGUGCCUGUCUUCUUGUUUCACCCCAGGCUCUUGCUUCUGCUUCCUUUAUAUUACUGAGUACAUGAAAAUACUUACAGAGGACGGCAGAGUGGCUAAAUGCCUUUAAAGCUCCCUGGUUGUGUUUAUUUUUCUCUCAUGACACUGUCCUUUUGACUUUGAUAGUUCACAGUGUGACAGCACUGGUCUUAACAGUUCAUAGCAUUCAUUUGUAGCAACGAUGUGGUUUCUCUCUUUGAUCAAUGAGGACUUCAGACGACAAAAAGCAAUGAAAACACCAGUUUACUAUCUUUACGGUUUUUUCAACCAAAUGGUGCUUUCUCACUUCAGACCUUGUUUAUGUUUUGCCCAAAGCAAUGGAAAUAGACUAUUGUUUCUCUUAAUAAGCU